CUUUUUUUGCUGUUGUAGCGGUCCGCUUAUGCCGUGUCGCUCGGUGUUUGGUGUGCCUAACUGGGACUUAAUCGUGAUGAAGUUAGGCAAUAUGUGAGUGACGAGAAGAUAAACUCAAAGGUGAUGAAUUAAACCCACAAGCAUGCUUUUCUGUAAUGUUUAAUGUCUUUUUGGAAAGUAUUGCUUGUCUCUUCCAAACAAUGAAUCCCCACCGAGGGAGAGGAUGACGAACGCACAGCCCGUCAAUUUCUGCAAUUAAUAAUCCCAUUUAAACUCUCUUAAUUAUGCAGAUUAAUAACCAAAUUUUCUUAACUAAUACGCCUCGUCGCCGUGCGCUUACAUCACGGAAGAGACGUUCAAAAGCAGAGUUUUCCGCCACAGCGAGCGCACUUUCCGACGCAUCAAGUCCCCUCGCAGGGUGGAGGAGCGUAUUGCGCAUGCGCACUCUCGCAUCACGCCAUCGGAAACCACCGCCAGCUGCGCACGCCCGCCGUCACAUCGGGUUUUCCCACUUAUUUAUUUAAUUUGACCCUUAUAUAAUGCCACGCAUCCACUCAACGCACACUUUGGCACAGUGAGCCGACCGUCCAACCAGCCGGUGGGUCCGCUGCUCACGUCCUCCUGAUCGACUUGAAGUGACAGUGCUGACCUGGAUAACUUGCUGAGGCCUUGUCCCACACUGAAGGAGGCCUCACUGAAGACAGCUGUGUUUAGCGGCACGCUCGCAGACUGCAGCUUGAAUCGCAGCAGCAGCAGCGGCAGCAGCAACAUCAUCCCCGUUCUCCUCCAACCAAACUCAGCAUGACGGACCCCAGCCUCACGUCACCUUCGGCGACCCCGCUCCGAUCCCCCGACGCCCCUCUCACCGUGUCUUUCCCCUUCCUGAGGGAGGGCAGUCGCGUUUGGGAGGACAGGGGGGAGCAGGCGCUCCCAAGGGAACUCCCCAGCCCGCUGCCGACCAAACGGACUCGCACAUACUCGGCCACGGUCCGGGCUCACUCGGGUCCGGUGUUCAAGGGCUUUUGUAAGAACUUCUCAAGGUCACAGGGACACGGGUUUAUCCGGCCCAGCCAUGGCGGCGAAGACAUCUUUGUUCACAUCUCAGACAUCGAUGGGGAAUAUGUUCCCGUUGAGGGCGAUGAGGUCACAUACAAAGUGUGCAGAGUCCCCCCCAAGAACCUGAAGCUGCAGGCGGUGGAGGUGAAGAUAAUUCAUCUCAACCCAGGCACGAAACACGAGACCUGGUCCGGGCAGAUCAUCAGCUCUUAGGUUUGAUUUCAAGGGACCGUAGAUGGAGGGACUGAAAACGUACAUGAUGCGCAUCCUGUGUUUCCUUUUUACGUGACGGUUUCACCCACCCAUUAGCGACUGCUCCUCCACUUUAACUCGGAUGCUAUCAAACAUUUUACUGGCGUUGGAUGCGCGAGACCUGCAAACGAAGGUAGAGGACAAAAGGUGCCAAACCCGAUUCCUCACCUUUUCCAAAUCCACUUCCUUUCCUGACACAUAAGGUAGAAAAUAUCCCCCCUAAAUCUUGUUCCUGGUACUUAAGGUAAACGGCGAAUUCAUGGAACGGGGGGUGGGGGGGAUGAAUCAAUGUGAAUGUUUGUUUUGCUUGAGAAAGAAAUAGUUGAGCGUUUUUGAACAAGACAAAGUAGGUUGCUUUAAAUGGAUGGUUGAGUCCAGGAGUCUUUCUGGAGGGCUGAAGCAGACCCUCAACGCGGAACAUGUAGAUCACAUAUUUUGUUGUCUCGUGUUUAUUCGUUUUUGAUUAUUUAACUGUUGAUCUUUAAUCGUGGGAACACCAAACUCUCCCAAUAUGUGAACCUCUAAUACAAGAGUGAUCUGGUUGCGCUCGUUUUGCUGUUGUGUUUCGAACAAUACAGUGUAUGGCGCUGUGAACUGAUUAAAAUACUGUGUGUGUGUGUGUUUUGUGGAUGCUUAGUUUGUAUGAUAGUCGACUACAUGACUUUAUAGUUGGUCAUUGUCACAGAACUGUUGUUUGUCCUGUAGAAUUUCAGGUUGUGAGCGGUUAUGUUCAGUUUUCGACCUCUUAGCAUUUCUGUCUGUGUCACUGCCUGAAAUGUCAAUUUCAGGUUUGGAUUAUUAUUCGUCACCUCAAAGUUUUGUUUCCUUUGGUGGUGGCUUUUCCUGAGCCUUGGAAUUAGAUGAAACCAUUUCAUGAUUA